AUGCGCACCUCGACACAACACCCAGUUGCUGACAAUUUCAUAGUCAUUGCCGCCGAUGGCCUUUACAAACGUGAUGUGUUCCGCUUCCCCGAUCCUUUCGCCGUCGCUACUGUCAAUGGUGAGCAAACCAAGACUAGCAGCGUCAGCAAGAGGACGCUGAACCCAUACUGGAACGAGAGCUUCGACUUCCGCGUCAAUGAGGGCAGCAUCCUUGCCGUCCAGGUCUUUGACCAGAAAAAGUUCAAAAAGAAGGACCAGGGCUUUCUAGGAGUGAUUAAUAUUCGCGUGGGAGAUUUGAUGCCAGAUAUCAGCCCAGAUGCAGAUGACCAGAUGAUUACGAGAGACCUCAAAAAGUCCACCGAUAACCUCGUCGUCCAUGGAAAGCUCAUCAUCAACCUUUCCUGCAACUUAAACACUCCGAUCCGCAAUGGACAGGGUUCCUCAAGUCGCCCUGCGGCGAGCGCUAGUACCUCCAAUGUUUCUACCCUGUCCGCGCCGGCUAACGAGAAUCGACCCGGAUCAUCCAUGUCUUCCGCCAACGGCAAUGGCCUUGCGGUUCCGAGCGGCUCUGGUCCUCCUCACCCUGUCAGUGCUGGCACGACGCCGGCUCCUUCGGUAGGCGCCUCGCAUGCUCGACCGACCAGCCAACUCAGUCCGUUCGAGGACGCCCAAGGCCGCCUCCCUGCUGGCUGGGAGCGGCGCGAGGAUAACCUUGGCCGAACGUACUAUGUCGAUCAUAACACCAGGACGACGAGCUGGAACCGCCCUACUGCCAACGGUACCGGCGAGAGCCGCAACGAAACCACCCAGGCCGAACGAACCCGACAUCAAAACAGAACUCUCCCUGAGGACCACACCGGCACCAGCUCCCCCACGAUGCCUUCCGGCUCGCCGAGCAGCAGCCCCCCGCCUCCGACUGCCGCUGCCGCUAGCAACGCUGCCGCCAUGAUGCACACCGGUGCCACGAGCCCCGGAAGUGGCGAGCUACCGCCUCUCUGGGAACAGCGCUGGACUCCCGAGGGUCGCCCGUACUUUGUUGAUCACAAUACUCGUACCACGACCUGGGUCGACCCCCGUCGUCAGCAAUACAUCCGACUCUACGGCGGCCAGAAUAAUGCCAACGGCCAGAUUCAGCAGCAACCCGUGUCUCAGCUCGGUCCUCUGCCCAGCGGCUGGGAAAUGCGACUCACCAACACGGCUCGCGUAUACUUUGUCGACCACAACACCAAGACCACCACUUGGGAUGACCCUCGUCUCCCCUCAUCCCUCGACCAGAAUGUGCCCCAGUAUAAGAGAGAUUUCCGACGCAAGCUCAUUUACUUCCGUUCGCAGCCUGCUAUGCGCAGCCUCAGCGGCCAGUGCCACGUCAAAGUCAGGCGCUCUCACAUCUUCGAAGACUCUUUUGCCGAGAUCACACGUCAAUCUGCGACUGAUCUGAAGAAGCGUCUCAUGAUCAAAUUCGAUGGCGAGGAGGGUCUCGAUUACGGUGGUGUUUCGAGAGAAUUCUUUUUCUUGCUUUCCCAUGAAAUGUUCAACCCCUUCUACUGCCUCUUCGAGUAUUCUGCCCACGACAAUUAUACUCUGCAGAUUAACCCUCACUCCGGCAUCAAUCCCGAGCAUCUCAACUACUUCAAGUUUAUCGGCAGAGUGGUUGGCUUGGCCAUUUUCCACCGACGUUUCCUCGAUGCAUUCUUCAUUGGUGCUCUGUAUAAAAUGGUCCUCGGCAAGGCCGUAGCCUUGGCUGAUAUGGAGGGAGUCGACGCUGAUUUCCAUCGUUCUCUGCAGUGGAUGCUUGACAACGAUAUCUCGGGCGGAAUUUUGGAGCAGACCUUCUCCACCGAAGAUGAGCGCUUCGGCGUCUUGACCACAGAAGACCUUAUUCCCGGCGGUCGCGACAUUGAUGUCACCAACGACAACAAGAAGCAGUACGUCGACCUCAUGGUCAAGUGGCGCAUUGAGAAGCGCAUUGCCGAGCAGUUCCAGGCCUUCAAGGAAGGAUUCCACGAGCUUAUUCCUCAAGAUCUGAUCAACGUUUUUGACGAUCGUGAGCUGGAGCUGCUCAUUGGUGGUAUCGCAGAGAUUGAUGUGGACGACUGGAAGAAGCAUACCGACUACCGCGGAUACACCGAGUCUGAUGAGGUUAUUCAAAACUUCUGGAAGACCGUCCGCUCCUGGGACGGGGAGCAAAAAUCACGCCUACUGCAGUUCACGACUGGUACCUCGAGAAUUCCCGUCAACGGGUUCAAGGAUCUGCAAGGUAGUGACGGUCCUCGUCGCUUUACAAUUGAGAAGGCUGGCGAGCUCGUGAACCUGCCCAAGGCACACACCUGUUUCAACCGUAUUGAUCUGCCCCCAUACAAGGACAUGGAGACGCUGCAGCAGAAGUUGACUAUUGCUGUUGAGGAGACUAUGGGCUUCGGCCAAGAAUAA